CGAUUGUGUUCGUCAAGAUGAGCUCGCUAUAUCGUUCUGCAAUCAGUGCUCGAAUAGCAAAGUUACCGCAGCUACCACCAAGCGACGAGGAUGAUGAUGAGCAAUCUGAGGUUGCUGAUGAAAUCGGCGAACUCCCGACUGGCAUGGGGCCACCCCCAGUACCACGGCCAAGCACGUCUACCAGAACACCAAAGCCACCAAAUCCCGAAUUCAAGCCAUUAAGUCCUGCUUCAUAUUUUUCUCAGGCAUUGCAGGUAUCACUCCCCACCCGAGCCCUUGAUGUUCGGGUAUAUUACACUCCCCCGAAGUACGACGGAGGGGGUGUCAUCGUAUUCCACCACGGCGCAGGAUAUGCAGGUACAAGUUUCGCAUGUCUCGCGAAAGAGAUUAGUGAGGUCAUGAGGGAUACCGUCGGUGUUCUGGCAUUUGAUGCGAGAAGACAUGGAAAGACGAUAUCAUCUGAGUCUGAUGAGGACCUAUCAAUUAAUGUUCUCGUGGAGGAUUUCUGUGCUCUGCUGCAAACGAUUUACCCAGAUGCGGCAGCAGCUCCACCGUUAAUGCUUGUUGGACACAGCAUGGGAGGAUCUGUAUGCGUUCGCGCGUGUCCCAUACUUCAGCAACGCAAAUAUGAUAUAGCGGGAGUGGCCGUUUUGGAUGUAGUAGAAGGCACAGCAGUAGAAGCGCUGCCUCACAUGCACGCGAUUCUCAACUCUCGACCCGAGGGUUUCGAUAGCGUUGAGGAAGCAGUCGAGUGGCACGUCAAUACGGGCCUCAUCCAUAACCCCACUUCUGCCCGUGUUUCAAUUCCAUCUAUCGUUGUUCCCGCCGACUCCCCUCUGACGCCCAGCACACGCGCAAAUAUUGGGUUCAAAUACAAGUGGCGUACGCCGCUUCGGUCAACGGCACCAUACUGGGACAGCUGGUUCCCGUCGCUUUCGUCUUUAUUCCUCGGCCUCCGCUCUGCACGGCUCUUAGUAUUAGCAGGCGCAGAGCGCCUUGACACGACACUUAUGGUCGGCCAGAUGCAGGGCAAAUUCUGGCUUGAAGUCAUGGCUGGUUCGGGUGUGGGACAUCUCGUACACGAGGAUGAUCCAACGAAACUAGCAGAAAUUCUGGCAGAUUUCUGGAAGCGCAAUGAACGCGUUGUGGUUCGAGGGAACGUUAUCAAGAGGGUCGGGGAGGUUUAGAGUACAAGUAGUAAGAUAUGUCUUUGGCUGUUUGCCUUUUUUUAUAGUUCGUUUGUUGCGUGCGACAACCUGAAUUACGGUCUCGGUCCAAGACACGGUACACACAUAUGAAGUGUGAUCACU